AUCUAGCAUUUCCUGCUGCAAGACAUAAAAGCCGGGUUUUCGAACCCUCAGCGGACGCGACGUUAUGUGCUGCUGAAUCGACGACCAUGCAACUUGAGAUCCUGUCUGCCCUGGUGUGCUCUGUGGUGACCGUGAAUGCAGUGUCCUUGACCUCGGCGAUCAGUGGGCGUGGUCGAUCCGAACCUGGACGUGUGAAGAGCACGAAUAAUGUCAGAUGUUUACCCCCUGUUAAUCUUGACAAAUUCAAGCAUCAAGUUGAUGACACUCUGUGUGCACAUCACAUGAUCCUCAUCACGUCAACAGACACUUCUCAGAACACAUGGACUGAUGAAACGAACACUUUCUAUAACCCAUUGACUCAUGAAACGAACACUUCCCAGAACACAUGGACUGAUGAAACGAAUACUUCCCGGAACACAUGGCCUGAUGUAACGAACACUUCCAGAACACAUGGACUGAUGAAACGAACACUUCCCAGAACGCAUGGCCUUAUGAAACGAACACUUCCAGAACACAUGGCCUGAUGUAACGAACACUUUCCAGAACACAUGGCCUGAUGUAACG